AUGGACAGAUCGAGCCUUGCUCACCGCAGAGACCUCGAACCUGACUCUCGCAAUGUAUACCAUCCAUCGGCAGGCUUCAGGGCACCUGCAACGCCUAUCCGGACGCCCACAAGCCUCAGCCGACCCUUCACACCCAAGCUGCCAUGCUACAGAUUUCCUCAAGUCUUCGCGAGUCCUUCUGCUCUCUCCAUAGACUGCCAGGUACCCACUAGAGACAGCUCUGAGACGCAUACGCCGGACGCGAGAAACAUAGGGACCUUCUCAAUCGCGCAGCCUCCGACGCCCUUCACUCUUCGCACAAGCUUGCAUACUCGUUCGGGCAUGACCGGAACACCCCAAUACGCACACAAGAAGUUCGUUCCAGCGCCUUACACUCGUCCUCCUUCUCAGCAGCCUUUGCUCAUACCUCAGGCUCGCCGUGCCGAUCCGAGCGACGAAGCGCUAGGAGACCGAAGAUACAAGGCUCAACUAUGGCAGGGUCCCGACGCUGCGCGGUGCUUGGGACCGUGCCAGAGUCAUGUCGGGAUCCUAGCCAGAGCUGCUCAGAGCGCGGAUUGGCACCAUCAGCGCUGCGAAGGGAGUGAGCUAGAGCAGGACGAGAAUCACUUUGCUCACGAGCGAGCACAUUCGCCUCUGUCAGAGGAGCAGUACUGGUCAGAUGACGAGCAGCUCUCGAUGGCAUUGACAUCAGACCCGCUCACUUCCCCCACGCCCGUGGCACUGCCUGUCGAUCGCAACUCAGCGGACGCGGCUGCUGCUGCACAUGAGCGUGAUGCUCUGGGCUCGCCCGACGCGUGCAUUCAUACCUCGAGAGGUUGUCAAGCAAAUCCUGUGCAGCGAAAGACGUCUGGCAUGCCCUCGCGGGCAGAUGAAAGCCGGCAGGCAAGAUAUCAGCAAGGCCAGGCGACGCCUCUUUCAAGGUUGCCGACCAAGCCUGCUGCCGAGCUGAGGUCCACGACCGCGCUGCCUGACGCUCAUCGAAGCUGCUUCCCAUUCACGACCUUCAACAUCAUGCAGAGUCAAUGCUAUGAAUCAGUCUACCAGAGUGACUCGAACGUAGUGGUCAGCGCGCCCACGAGCAGCGGCAAGACUGUUUUGUUCGAGCUCGGGGUUCUGCGAGCGUUAUCAGCCAAUGGACGCGCGCGUGCGAUCUACUUUGCGCCGACCAAAUCACUUUGCGCAGAGCGACUCAACGCUUGGUCGCGCAAAUUCCUCCCGCUCGGUUUCGCGUGCGCCGAGAUCACCGGCGAUACUGACGUGCACAACCUGGCAGUGAUCAAACAGGCCCGCGUGAUCGUCACUACGCCGGAAAAAUGGGACAGUAUCACUCGCCGAUGGCCCGAAAACCAAGCCAUGCUGUCAUCGAUUGCUCUGAUCUGUAUCGACGAGUGUCACACACUCAACGAGAAACGGGGCAGCACGCUCGAAGUCAUCGUCAUGCGCAUGCGAUCUCGAGUGCUGGGCUUGCGCGUCAUUGCCGUUAGCGCGACGGUCCCUAAUGUCAGCGACGUCGCGCAAUGGCUUCAUGCGUCCGACGGCAGUCCCGCCAUAUGCCUCUCAUUUGGCGACGAGGUCAGACCGUGUGCUCUGACUCGCGCAGUAUGCGCCUAUCCACGAAAGCCUCAAACGAACGACUUCGUUUUUGCUCGGUCGCUCGAUAGCAAGCUGAUCGACGUCGUGCAAAAGUACUGCGAUCACAGACCAGCUCUCAUCUUUUGCAACAGUCGCAAGGCAUGCGCACAAGCCGCAGAGACGCUUGUGGCAGACAUCGGCAAAGCAAAGGCGAAACCUUGGCCUCGAUCCAAGCCGAUGCAAGCCAGGCCGGAAGAUAGCACGCUGGCCUAUACGACAGCAGCGGGCAUAGGUUUUCAUCAUGCUGGGUUGAGUCAGCGCGACCGUCAGCUCAUCGAGCAAAGCUUCCUCGACGGUGCGCUUCACGCCAUCUGCACCACUUCCACGCUCGCUGUCGGUGUCAACCUACCUGCCUAUGCCGUCAUCAUCAAAGGCACCAGGAUCUACAGUGAAGGCUCUAUGCAAGACUAUAGCAAUCUCGACAUGUUGCAGAUGGCAGGACGAGCAGGCCGACCUCAGUUCGACAAGUCGGGAGUAGUCGUCAUCAUGACAGAUAAUGACUCGCGCAGCAAGUAUGAGCAUUUGACCGCGUCCAAGACGACUGUUGAAAGCUGUCUACACACGAGUCUCGCCGAGCAUAUCAACGCCGAGUGUCAGCUCGGCACAAUCACGAGCUUUGAGACUGCAAUCGCAUGGAUCAAGUCCAGCUUCCUCCGCGUACGCAUUGGCAAGAACCCUCGACUUUACGGCAUUAUCGAUGACACAGUCUCGCCGGAUGCCAAGCUGGAGGAGAUCGUACGCGACUGUCUUCUCUGUCUUGUGCGAGAUGGGAUCAUGAGCGAUCAGGCCGGGCUUAAAGUAUUCGCUUGCACUCCAUACGGCGGCAUACUAUCAAAGUUCUGCAUAUCACACAAGACGUUUGCCAAAUUGCUCGCCGCAUCAGAUUCAGGUACUAUGCGUGGCCUUCUCGAAGCUAUCGCCUCCGCUGACGAGUUCUCCACGAUGCGACUCACGACGAGUGACCGUCAAGCUUAUGCGGAAGCCGCAAGGAAACACAACAUCCGCUUUGAAGUCGCAAAGGUCGGCACAGUCAAGGACAAGAUCUUCGUGCUCGUACAGCUCGUCAUCUCACGGGUAUCGAUGCACGAGUCAAAGUCGAACGCCAGCUUUCAUUCGGAUCAUCUGCAAGCUUGGCCACACCUGUUGCGCAUCACAAAGGCUCUCGUCGAAAUCUGUCUCGUCAGUCAGCACGGCGCGAGCAUCCGAGCCGCCCUUGAGCUUAUGCGAUCUAUAAACGCGCGCGCAUGGGAAGGUUCCAAGACCGAGCUGCAGCAGAUCGACGGUAUUGGUGACAAGUUCGCUGAGAAGCUCGCGUCUGCUCGCCCUCCGAUACACAACCUGCUCGCUCUGCGACAGACUGAUUCGUCACGCCUCGAGCUAUUGCUGCAUAAAAAUCAAGCGAUUUGUCAUCGCAUGAUACAGCAAGCUCGCUCGUACCCGCAGCUUACCGUCGAGUUCGAAAAGCCGCGCGAACAAGUCAGGGAAGAAGGAGUGGUUGUGGAUGUCGAUGUUCGCAUUGCGAGAGAGGACACGUCUGAGGCGGCACAGAGACCAAAAAAGGCAACGCGAGACGACUCUAUCUCUUUGCUUAUCACCACGACCGAUGAUCAAUUCGUCUACUACAGCCGUAUCAAGUCAAGCAAGCUCGUCGCACCGCGCGUGUGUCACAUCUCUACGAAGCUCGUGAAAGCGUCACAGAAGCUUGUGGCAUAUGCUUCCUCGGACGUUGUCGUUGGUCUCGCCGUCAGGUCGGUUUAUACGCCCCACACGAGACAUGACGACUUUCCCCGGCGCCAUUCCUCGCCGUCCGAACUAGCGGGAGACCAUCUACGCUUGCUCGAAGGACUGGAAGCAGACGAUUUCACAAGUGAGCUCGAUGCGCCAAGUGCUACUGCCGCAGCAAAUGUGGCAAGCUCGUCGUCCAAAGUGAGCACGCCAGAGAGACUACCCAAUGGCAACUAUCGCUGCGGUCACUCCUGUGUCGAUCGCAAGAGGUGCAGGCAUCUGUGUUGUCGCGAAGGAACGCACAAGCCGCCGGCUGCUCACGUCCGCGCUGUCGCGAGCAAGAAGCAAGCUCACAACGCCGAAAGAAAGUCGCAAGCAGAAGGACACGUCAAGAUCAAGGCGCCGCCGCUAAGACAGCUGGAUAUCGCCGAACAGCUCAAGAUCGCUCGAGAGUCGAAAAAGGCCCAAGACGCUUUGCGACACGCUGUUCUGAACAGGGUCAAGAUAGCCGACGAUAGUGACAAGGCUAUGUGCGACCUUGCCGACAGCGACGGCUCGCUACCGGGCGUAUACCCUCUAAUGCUGCCGCCUUCCACGCCGGCGCAAGUGACUUCUCCAGCGACGUCGCUUGGUGAAGACAAUGCGCAUACGCAAAACUUGAAGCGCAAGCGAGUCGCCAUCAUUGAGGACUCGGACGAUGACAUCGAACUCGUGCACAAGUCAAAUAAAUUGAUUGACGAGGGCUCGCGUGAUAGGCCGCACGAAGCGCCCCUAUUCCUUCCGAGCUCGUCGGCAAGCAUACAAGACCAGUAUGACAUCCUCUCUGACGCAGAAGACGAUCUUGCUCCAGAUCAAGCAGCAGAUGAACUGACUGAACUCGAAGAAUUCGAGGCAUGGCUGCGCGACUGUGUACAGAUCAUCUGA